AUGUUGCUGGAGUCGCGAGGCCUCGCCGGUAGGAAGAGAAACGGACUGACACUGACCUCGUUCGGCGACGGUGGCGGCGGUGGUGGCGGAGGUGGCGGAGGUGGCGGUGGUGCCGGAGGAGCCGGCAGCGAGGAGGACGACGAGGAAUCUCGACAUCACCUCUAUCUGGGCAGGAAGAUGCAGGGCGAGGGCACCGCCGCCUCCGCGGUAUCUACCGGGCUAUCCGGGUGCGCUGGCGAUGACGGCGACGAGAGCUCGAGCCCGUCGCCGAACAGCAGUCUCCUGAAUAAUCUCAAUAAUAAUUGUAACUCAAAUCGUCAAUGCGCAACCGACUUCAGCAUCGCUGCGAUCAUGCAGCAACAGCAACAGCAACAGCCGCAGCAGCAACCGCAACAACCGCACCAUCAUAAACAUUCGCAACAGCAGGCCGUCGGAGGCGGAAAGUUGCAUCAACACGAAAGGGAAGCCAGCGGUUCUGGGGUCGCUCGAGGUGCCCCGCCAGUCUUGGAGACGAUCAAUCCGGAGGACGAGCCGGAAACGGACGAUACCGGAAGCACAAGUGGAAACGGUGUUUCGCCGGUGACGAAUCCUCUGCUCCAAGAACGCUCGAAUUGCGAGGAGCUCAGGCAUGUGGUGUGCCACCUCGAAACCAAGGAUCUUUGGGAUAAAUUCAACGAGCUCGGCACGGAGAUGAUCAUCACAAAGACUGGCAGGCGGAUGUUUCCGACGUGUCGUGUCUCAUUCAACGGGUUGAAGGCGGACAGUCGAUACGCGGUCCUGAUGGAUAUUGUACCGGUCGACAAUAAAAGGUAUCGGUACGCAUAUCACAGGAGCUGCUGGUUGGUGGCCGGAAAGGCGGAUCCGCCGGCGCCAGCCCGACUCUACGUCCAUCCGGAUUCACCUUUUACGGGCGAGCAGCUCCGAAAGCAGGUCGUCUCCUUCGAGAAAGUCAAGCUCACUAACAACGACAUGGACAGGCAUGGACACCUGGUGCUGAACUCCAUGCACAAGUAUCAACCGAGGAUCCACCUGGUGAAGCGACCAGACUCGGGCACAACGAAGCCGAUCGUGGACCUCGAGAAGGAGCCGCAUAAGACCUUCAUAUUCCCGGAGGCCAUAUUCACCGCUGUCACCGCCUAUCAGAAUCAGCUCAUCACAAAGCUCAAGAUCGACAGUAAUCCGUUCGCCAAGGGCUUUCGGGAUUCUUCUCGUCUCACGGACUUCGAGAGCUUCCCUUUUAGGGAGACGAUGGAAUCAAUGCUGGCAGAACAGCAAACGUUGAGGUUUCCGCAUCGGCUUCCUUUCGAAAUGGAACAACUCCAGGCAGGCGCCGUGAACAAUCUCAGUCUCGAGGAGAAAGCAUUGUGGGCUGCGCGUUCUCAGAUGCUGCUGAGAGCGGCGGCGGCCGUAGCUGCUACCAAUCCUUACGCCCAGUUGGUUAAUCCCACUUUGGUCUAUCCGGGUGCUUCAGCCGCGGGCACCAGCCAUCAACAGCAACAACAUCAACAGCAACAGCAACUAGGUCAUUUAUGGUGGGCCUCUUCGAUUGGAUCUACUAUCUUUGCAGCGGCACAUCAUCAACAACAGCUGGUCGCGUCCAGUUCCCAGCAGAAUACAACAGGCCCCGCGGCCCCUCGACCACUCUAUCCAUCGCCUCUUGCCUUGGGUCACAAUCGAUUCUCGCCCUAUCACACGACUGUCCCCAAGUCCUCAACGCCGGCUGCGCCGUCGCCGUCGCCGUCCAGAAGGGCCACGCCGUCGCCUACAGAUAGUCUCAGCAGGGAGGCUCAAGAUCUUUCACCGUCGUAGUCCUUCGUGGCUUCAUUAGGAAAACAAUGAUCGCGAUUUUCUUUUAGAGAAACUCGAUAAGAUCAAUUUCCUGUGGUUGAACUAGUGUACACUUUUGGAACUUAAAGUGAAAUAGGUAUAUGUUUGAUAUUUGGCAAAAAAAGGAAGAAGAGAGUUCUAGUACAGUCCCAUGCAGAUAAAUAAAAAACAAGUUUGAUGUCUCAAACGUGUUAUUAAGAUUACACUUUUUCUGAGCCUUUUCUCAUAUAGAAAAGGAAAUACAAUUGGAUUGUACAAUUGCGUUGCGUUUUUUAUGGAGGAAUCUAUUCCUUUCGAUGUGAUGAAAGUCAACUUUUCUCGACUAAGACCGAAAUGUAACAAUCAAUUCAUCUUGCAAUAUUCGUCUUCUUUCAUUGAAAAACUGACGAAACUUUUGCGCGCGCUGAUCGAUUUCCAUCGCAUUAUUUGAAAAAUAAUACAAAUAAAUGUAUAAA